CCUCUAAAAAUACAGCUAACGCCCCGCACAGCUCUCCCGUCUUCAGUUGCUCCACCUCUCCCAGCUUCUUACUCCAUUCAUUCUAUCACAAUCCUCUGCUCGUAGUGCUUCCAUCUUGUUCUACAAGUAAAUCAGCACUAUACCACAGAUGGCAGCAUCAUCAGCUUGCCUUGUGGGAAAUGGUCUAUCCACCUGCAUUAAUAAACCAGGUUUGAGCAAGGAAUUCCAUGGUAGGCAUCUUUUGCCAUCCUCAAGCUUUCCAUCAUUGGGUAAAGUGUCCAAAGCAGUUUUUGUAAAAGCAUCUUUGGACCAGAGACAGCAUGAGGGAAGGAGAGGCUUUCUCAAGUUUUUGCUUGGUAAUGCGGGGCUUGGGGUACCUGCUUUACUUGGUAAUGGAAAAGCUAAUGCGGAGGAGCAAGGGGUUUCCUCAUCAAGGAUGUCAUAUUCUAGAUUUUUGGAGUAUCUGGACAAGGAUAGGGUAAAAAAAGUAGAUUUGUUUGAGAAUGGAACCAUAGCUAUUGUUGAAGCUGUUUCUCCUGAGUUGGGUAACCGGGUGCAGCGAGUUCGUGUGCAACUCCCAGGACUCAACCAGGAGCUCCUUCAGAAAUUCAGAGAAAAGAACAUUGACUUUGCUGCACACAAUGCUCAAGAGGACUCAGGUUCUCUGUUAUUCAACUUGAUUGGCAACCUUGCUUUCCCACUAAUCUUAAUUGGAGGCCUUUUCCUUCUCUCAAGGCGUUCAUCAGGAGGAAUGGGUGGCCCUGGUGGGCCUGGCUUCCCCCUUGCCUUUGGUCAAUCAAAAGCCAAGUUCCAAAUGGAGCCAAACACUGGUGUAACAUUUGAUGAUGUUGCUGGGGUAGAUGAAGCAAAACAAGAUUUCAUGGAAGUAGUGGAGUUUCUGAAAAAGCCCGAGAGAUUCACUGCAGUUGGAGCUCGCAUUCCUAAAGGUGUUCUUCUUGUUGGCCCUCCAGGAACUGGGAAGACUCUGCUAGCUAAGGCAAUUGCUGGUGAAGCAGGUGUUCCAUUUUUCUCUAUCUCAGGUUCUGAGUUUGUUGAGAUGUUUGUUGGUGUUGGUGCAUCUAGAGUCCGUGAUCUUUUCAAGAAGGCCAAGGAGAAUGCUCCCUGCAUUGUAUUUGUUGAUGAAAUUGAUGCUGUUGGGCGCCAAAGAGGAACUGGAAUUGGAGGAGGAAAUGAUGAAAGGGAACAAACUCUUAACCAGCUUUUGACUGAAAUGGAUGGUUUUGAAGGAAACACUGGUAUAAUUGUUAUUGCAGCCACUAACAGGGCAGACAUUCUUGACUCUGCCUUAUUGAGGCCUGGACGAUUUGACAGACAGGUAACUGUUGAUGUUCCUGAUAUACGGGGAAGGACAGAGAUCUUAAAGGUUCAUGCUGGUAAUAAGAAGUUUGAUGGAGAUGUGUCUCUUGAUGUAAUAGCCAUGAGAACUCCAGGUUUUAGUGGAGCAGAUCUUGCAAACCUCCUAAAUGAGGCAGCUAUAUUGGCUGGUCGUCGUGGGAAGACAGCAAUCACAUCUAAAGAGAUUGAUGAUUCAAUUGAUAGGAUUGUGGCUGGAAUGGAAGGAACAGUUAUGACAGAUGGAAAGAGCAAGAGUCUGGUGGCUUACCAUGAAGUUGGUCAUGCCAUAUGUGGAACUUUGACCCCAGGACACGAUGCCGUUCAGAAAGUCACCCUGAUCCCUCGUGGUCAAGCACGCGGUCUUACAUGGUUCAUUCCUUCUGAUGACCCUACCCUGAUCUCAAAGCAGCAACUCUUUGCAAGAAUUGUUGGCGGACUUGGUGGCAGAGCUGCUGAAGAAGUGAUCUUUGGUGAGCCUGAGGUGACAACAGGUGCUGCUGGUGAUUUGCAGCAGAUCACUGGUUUGGCCAAACAGAUGGUGACCACAUUUGGGAUGUCUGACAUCGGCCCAUGGUCGCUUAUGGACACCUCGGCUCAGAGUGCUGAUGUCAUCAUGAGAAUGAUGGCAAGGAAUUCAAUGUCUGAAAAGCUUGCAGAAGACAUUGAUACUGCUGUGAAGAGGAUUUCAGAUGACGCAUAUGAGAUUGCAUUGACCCACAUAAGAAACAACCGUGAGGCCAUUGACAAGAUUGUUGAAGUCCUCCUUGAGAAAGAAACAAUGACUGGGGAUGAGUUCCGGGCAAUCCUCUCAGAGUUUGUUGAGAUUCCUGCAGAAAAUCGUGUCCCUGCUUCAGUACCAUCUCCAGUCACUGUAUAAAUAGUGAAAAUCAUACCGCAAAUGUCAUUUACACUUGGCCAUACAUCUUUUAAUUGUUCAGUGUAUAAUAUCUGUGAUCUUUUUCUUCCAAAUAUGUAAGUAGGAAUGCUUAUGAAUUUGAAUUCAUGAAUGCCAAAAGGCCCAUAAUCUAAAUCCUGGAACUUAAUUUGAGUUAGAAAUGCUAUAAGCUCAAAUA